AUGGAGGAGACGGAGAACAUGGAGGAGGCGGGCAGGGACCCUGCCGAAGCCCCGCUCCCCCCGCCUGAGCCCGCGGAGGCGCCCCCUGAACCCGCGGAGGAGGAGCCCCCUGAGCCGCCCCCGGUGGAGGCCGAGGUCCCGGAGGAAGCCCCCGCCGCUGGUCCCGAGGAGCCUCCGCCUGCGGACGGGGCCGAGGCCGAGACGGGGGCUGAGGAGACGGGGGCGGCGGCGGAGGCUGAACCGGGGGGCGAAGUAGAGCAGCAGGAGCCGGUCUCCAAAGAGGCCCCCGGCCCGGAGGAAGCGAGCGAGGCCGAGGGGGAAGAGAAGCAGAGGGAGGAGGUGGCUCCCUCUCGGUCGGCGCUGCUGCCCACCGACGCCACCUUCGCGGCGGGGGAGCUUCUGGAGCCGCCUCCGCUGCAGGUGGGCGUGGAUCUGGGGCGCCGGAUCAGCCUGAGCCUCCGCGACCUGGAGCUGGGGCGCCAUAGCCGGAUCUCCCUGGAGGUGGGCAGCAGCGCCGGGAGCUCCGAGGGCGAGGAGGUGGUCGUGGAGACGGAGGAGCAGCGCGAGCAGCGCCUGGCCGAGGAGCAGCUGCGGCGGCAGGAGCUGGCCGAGCAGUACCGGCAGCUGCUGCUGGAGCGGGCUCGCCUGCAGCACUACAACGCCAAGCUGCAGGGCAAGCUGAGCGAGCUGCUGAACAAGGCCAAGAGCAAGGAGCGCGUCCGGCAGGAGCUGGAGCAGCACAUCUCGGACAAGGAGCAGCGCUACAGCCGCUACCUGGCCAUGCUGGAUGAGCUGCGGACCCAGCAGGCGGACGAGGCGGCCUGGUUCCAGAAGGAGAUCGACGAAGCCCGGCGCUCCUGCGGCGAGAAGCUGGCCAAGGUAGAGAGCGCCUGGAAGUCCCACCUGGCGCUCAAGAUGGAGGUGGCCGUGUACACCGUGGGGCGCCGGCUGGGGAGCAAGCAAGCUGCUAUCGACAGAGUGGGCCAGAUCCAGGCCAGGGAGCAGAGCAAGGAAAGGGAGAUGACCGAGGUUCGACUGGAAAAUAUAAAGCUGAAACACAGGAUCCAAAAGCUUGAUGCAAGUUUAAAAGCCAUGGAAGAGUUAGCAGAAGGUCUGCACUUAAUAGAUUUUGAGCAACUGAAAAUAGAGAACCAAACCUACAAUGAAAAGAUUGAAGAGCGCAAUGAGGAGCUUAUGAAGCUCCGAAAAAAGAUAACUAACACAGUGCAAAUUCUUACUCAAGUGAAGGAAAAACUGCAGUUUGUGGAAGCAGAGAAUCAUGGCCAAAGGGCUCAGCUAAUGGCAGUUGAGGCUUUAGUGGCCCAAAGGAGAGAGAUUCUAACUAAGACUAAACAGGCUAGGGACAAAUUGCGAAUGGACAAUCAGAGGCUUUACCAGAAAUGCGGCUUACUUGGGAAUACACUGCUGUUAAGGGACUUUGAAGAUAAGGUAAAUGCUGUUGAAAUACUGAAUGAAAGGCUGGAGAUGCUGAAACGCCAUCAUGCUGCGAUCUCCCUUACUUGCAAAGGGGUAAAGAAGAAAAUCAGAGGGGUUACAUCUUUUCUACCACUCUAAAUUUUAUUUUAAAUGUCAAAAAGAGAGAAGUAGUGUGUGCACUAUAAAAUAUUACAUUAAAUAGCAAUUAGUUGUUUGUUCUUAGAAUCUUUGUUCCAGAUAUCGUUCCUAUUUGCAUAAGAUA